CCUCGCCCGGGGCGCUCCGGCCGCGGUCAGCUAGGGGCGCGGGCCGGCCCGCGGCGGCGGCAUGAAAGUGACGGUGUGCUUCGGGAGGACCCGGGUGGUCGUGCCGUGCGGGGACGGCCACAUGAAAGUUUUCAGCCUCAUCCAGCAAGCGGUGACCCGCUACCGGAAGGCCAUAGCCAAGGAUCCAAACUACUGGAUACAGGUGCAUCGCUUGGAGCAUGGAGAUGGGGGGAUACUUGACCUUGAUGACAUUCUCUGUGAUGUAGCAGAUGACAAAGACAGACUGGUAGCAGUGUUUGAUGAGCAAGAUCCACACCAUGGAGGUGAUGGCACCAGUGCCAGCUCCACGGGUACCCAGAGCCCAGAGAUAUUUGGUAGUGAGCUUGGCACCAACAAUGUCUCGGCCUUUCAGCCCUAUCAAGCAACCAGUGAAAUUGAAGUCACACCUUCAGUCCUUCGUGCAAAUAUGCCCCUUCAUGUACGACGAAGCAGUGACCCAGCGCUAAUUGGCCUCUCCACUUCUGUCAGUGAUAAUAAUUUUUCCUCUGAAGAGCCUUCAAGAAAGAACCCCACACGGUGGUCCACCACAGCUGGCUUCCUCAAGCAGAACACCACUGGGAGUCCUAAAACCUGCGAUAGGAAGAAAGAUGAAAACUACAGAAGCCUCCCACGGGAUACUAGUAAUUGGUCUAACCAAUUUCAGAGAGACAAUGCUCGCUCAUCUCUCAGUGCCAGUCACCCAAUGGUGGACAAGUGGCUGGAGAAGCAAGAACAGGAUGAGGAUGGAACAGAAGAAGAUAACAGCCGUGUGGAACCUGUUGGACAUGCCGACACUAGUUUGGAGAAUAUACCCAACUUUUCUCUGGAUGAUAUGUUAAAGCUCGUAGAAGUCUCCAACGAUGGAGGGCCUCUGGGAAUCCAUGUAGUGCCUUUCAGUGCUCGAGGCGGCAGAACCUUGGGGUUAUUAGUAAAACGAUUGGAGAAAGGUGGGAAAGCUGAACAAGAAAAGCUUUUUCAUGAGAACGAUUGCAUUGUCAGGAUUAAUGAUGGCGACCUUCGAAAUAGAAGAUUUGAACAAGCACAACAUAUGUUUCGCCAAGCCAUGCGUACACCCAUCAUGUGGUUCCAUGUGGUUCCGGCGGCAAAUAAAGAGCAGUAUGAACAACUAUCCCAAAGCGAGAAGAACAAUUACUAUUCAAGCCGCUUCAACACUGACAGCCAGUAUAUUGACAGCAAGAGUGUGAACAGCACAGGGCUCCACGCAGGGCAGAGACCACCCAGACUGAACUACCCACCCGAGCAGAUAGACUCUCACCCACGACUACCUCACAGUACACACCCCUCCGGAAAACCGCCAGCAGCUCCGGCCCCAGCACCUCAGAAUGUAUUUAGUACGAAUGUAAGCAGUGGUUAUAACACCAAAAAAAUAGGCAAGAGGCUUAAUAUCCAGCUUAGGAAAGGUACAGAAGGUUUAGGAUUCAGCAUCACUUCCCGAGAUGUAACAAUAGGGGGCUCAGCUCCAAUUUAUGUGAAAAACAUCCUCCCAAGAGGGGCUGCCAUUCAAGAUGGCCGACUUAAGGCGGGAGACAGACUUAUAGAGGUAAAUGGAGUAGAUUUAGCAGGCAAAUCUCAAGAGGAAGUCGUUUCCCUGUUGAGAAGCACCAAGAUGGAAGGAACUGUGAGCCUUCUGAUCUUUCGUCAGGAAGACGUCUUCCACCCAAGGGAAUUGAAUGCAGAGCCAAGCCAGAUGCAGAUUCCAAAAGAAACGAAAGCAGAAGAUGAGGAUAUUGUUCUCACACCUGAUGGCACCAGAGAAUUUCUGACAUUUGAAGUUCCACUCAAUGAUUCAGGAUCUGCCGGGCUUGGUGUCAGCGUGAAAGGCAAUCGGUCAAAAGAGAACCACGCGGAUUUGGGAAUCUUUGUCAAGUCCAUUAUUAAUGGAGGAGCAGCAUCUAAAGAUGGAAGACUUCGGGUGAAUGAUCAACUGAUAGCAGUAAAUGGAGAAUCCCUGUUGGGCAAGACAAACCAAGAUGCCAUGGAAACCCUAAGAAGGUCUAUGUCUACUGAAGGAAAUAAACGAGGAAUGAUUCAGCUUAUUGUUGCACGGAGAAUAAGCAAAUGCAAUGAGCUAAAGUCACCUGGGAGCCCCCCUGGACCUGAGCUGCCCAUUGAAACAGUGUUGGAUGACAGAGAACGAAGAAUUUCUCAUUCACUCUACAGUGGGAUUGAGGGACUUGAUGAAUCACCCACAAGAAAUGCUGCCCUCAGUAGGAUAAUGGGUGAGUCAGGUAAAUACCAGCUGUCCCCCACCGUGAAUAUGCCCCAAGAUGACACUGUCAUUAUAGAAGAUGACAGGUUGCCAGUUCUUCCUCCACAUCUCUCUGACCAGUCUUCUUCCAGCUCCCAUGAUGACGUGGGCUUCAUGACAACAGAUGCAGGCGCAUGGGCUAAGGCCGCCAUCAGUGAUUCAGCCGACUGCUCUCUGAGUCCAGAUGUUGAUCCAGUUCUUGCUUUUCAACGAGAAGGAUUUGGACGCCAGAGUAUGUCAGAAAAACGCACAAAGCAAUUUUCAGAUGCCAGUCAAUUGGAUUUCGUUAAAACACGAAAAUCAAAAAGCAUGGAUUUAGGUAUAGCUGACGAGACUAAACUCAAUACAGUGGAUGACCAGAAAGCAGGCUCCCCCAGCAGAGAUGUGGGGCCUUCUCUGGGUCUGAAGAAGUCAAGCUCGUUAGAGAGUCUGCAGACAGCGGUUGCUGAGGUGACUUUGAAUGGGGAUAUUCCUUUCCAUCGUCCAAGGCCGCGGAUCAUCCGAGGAAGGGGAUGCAAUGAGAGCUUUAGAGCUGCCAUUGACAAGUCUUACGAUAAACCUGCUGUAGAUGAUGAUGAUGAAGGCAUGGAAACCUUGGAAGAAGACACAGAAGAAAGUUCAAGAUCAGGAAGAGAGUCUGUGUCUACAGCCAGUGAUCUCCCUUCCCAAUCUCUGGAGAGACAAAUGAACGGAAACCAAGAGAAAGUUGACAAGACAGAUAGGAAAAAGGAUAAAACUGGAAAAGAAAAGAAGAAAGAUAGAGAUAAAGAAAAGGAUAAAAUGAAAGCCAAGAAGGGAAUGCUGAAGGGCCUGGGAGACAUGUUCAGGUUUGGCAAACAUCGAAAAGAUGACAAGAUUGAGAAAACGGGUAAAAUAAAAAUGCAGGAAUCCUUUACAUCAGAAGAGGAGAGGAUACGAAUGAAGCAGGAACAGGAGAGGAUUCAAGCCAAAACGCGAGAGUUUAGGGAGCGGCAAGCUCGUGAGCGUGACUACGCUGAAAUUCAAGAUUUCCAUCGGACAUUUGGCUGUGACGAUGAGUUACUCUAUGGGGGAAUGUCUUCCUAUGAAGGUUCCCUAGCUCUCAACCCCAGACCCCAGAGUCCACGGGAAGGGCACAUGAUGGAUGCUUUGUACGCCCAAGUAAAGAAGCCACGGAAUUCCAAACCUUCAUCUGUAGACAGUAACAGAUCAACUCCUAGCAACCAUGAUCGGAUACAGCGUCUGCGGCAAGAAUUUCAGCAAGCAAAGCAGGAUGAAGAUGUAGAAGAUCGGCGUCGAACCUACAGCUUUGAACAGCCCUGGCCGAACUCCAGACCGUCUGCACAGAGUGGCCGGCACUCGGUGUCUGUGGAGGUGCAGAUGCAGCGGCAGCGGCAGGAGGAGCGGGAGAGCUUCCAGCAGGCCCAGCGCCAGUACAGUUCCCUGCCUCGGCAAAGCAGGAAGAACGCCAGUUCAGUCUCCCAGGAUUCUUGGGAGCAGAACUACUCCCCUGGAGAAGGCUUCCAGAGUGCCAAAGAGAACCCCCGGUACUCCAGUUACCAGGGCUCCAGAAAUGGCUACCUGGGAGGACACGGCUUCAAUGCCAGGGUCAUGCUGGAAACUCAGGAGCUCCUUCGCCAGGAACAGAGACGGAAAGAGCAGCAGAUGAAGAAGCAGCCUCCUCCCGAGGGGCCCAACAGCUAUGACUCAUAUAAGAAAGUCCAGGACCCCAAUUACGCCCCUCCCAAGGGGCCCUUCCGGCAAGACGUACCCCCGUCCCCUUCUCAGGUUGCUAGGCUGAACAGACUUCAGACUCCCGAGAAAGGGAGGCCCUUUUAUUCCUGAGCAGGGGAAUGGAUGCUUCGUGUCAUGCAAUAAAAGACAUUUUCCUAUGAAGACUUGUAUUUUGGGAGCUUUUUUAAAACCUCAGAUGGUACUAUGGAAUAUUUCUGUUGUUGGUAUCAGUGCCUUUAAGCAGUAUGGGCAAAGAAAUGGAAGAAGGCCUUAAUGUCUUUGCCAUGAUGUCUCAAGUGUCUGUUUCAUGGGAGGAUUUCCCACCAUCUGACAAUCAUCUGUCUGAAGCAUUCACGUGCUCUGCAUCUCUCUGGAAUACCAGGAGUCCUGGCCCAACUCAUGAGAUGUCCACAGCUUGGUCAUCACAGCCCCGUUCAACUCGUGGAGACAAAUGAAUUUGAAGUCGAGGAUGAUGUGUGUCCCAGUUUUCCCUCUGCAUUCUCCUAGCUAUGAGGUGACAUCUCAGUCUCUGAUGGAUAAAAGUGGACGCUUUCUGGUACUUCCCAAUUCAGCCGUUUGUAUGACUUUGUAAUCAGUGUGGUUUUGCCUUUUCUUUCUCAGCUCCUUGUCACAGGAAAGUUCCAUUUUCCUAUUAAAGAAGCUAAGCCAUAUUCCAGCACUGUUUGGUCACCAUGGGGUCUUUUUGUAACUGCCUUAUAACCCAACAUUACCAAUAAAGUGAUGAUUCUGGUCUGUGUUUAUAAAUACACUUGUUUAGUCAGUUCCUGAUGCGGGUGUUGAGUCAGCACAGCUCUGCGUAGGGAAUGUGGGAGACGGGGGCGACCCCUGAUGGGACGGCCUCAGCCCACCCAUCAGCCUGCAGGUGGCAUGACAUGGGAGCUCAGAAAAGAAUUCUCCUAGGAUGAGCUCCUGGCCCAGUAUAUAACCAGUAAUUAUUUCAUUUAGUUUUUAUCUUGACAGGUUGGCAGGAAGGGUAUAGAGUGGGACAAAGACAAAUCAGUCAUUUUGGGGUUCUGGAAAUGGCUGUGCUCUAUGCAGUUUUCAAAGCCGUUUGGCAUCGAUGCUUGUCUAACCCAACUACCUACUGUAUCGCUGCCUGGCAGUGCCAUGUGGCUAAAUAAUUCGCCAUGAAACAUAAAACAUACACAGGGAAGAAGCUGUUACACAUCACACAUAAUAUUUCAAUGUCCCAAAACACUGGUGACAAAAAGAUUGUUCUCGUGUCAAUAUUUCAGUGCGUAUGCGGGUCUCAAGGCCCACGGUCUUCCCCAUUCCUGUCUGUUGGCCUGAAUGUCCUGUAUUGUAAACCAAGGCUGGGUUGCUAAAAUGCCUGCAAAUCCUGAUGUGAAAAAAAAAAAAAAGUUUGAGGUGAAGCUCAGCAUACCAGAUAUUAACAAAAGGAAAAGAAAAAAGACAUGUAUGGUUAUGUCUAUUUUUUUUUUUUUACUGGCAUACUAUAUUUUUGCGUCAAUUUGUUUUUGGAAAUGAUGUGAUGCGUCCACACUCAUACCGGUGUCUCUUUUGCAUUUCUGUGUCAUGGUUCAAAUCGUUAAUAAUAUGCAGCAAUGUCUAAAUGUGUUACUGAUAUGCGCACAGUGACCUUGGGUGACAGUGGCUCUUUCUCACAGCCUGCCCUAAGCUGUGAGAAACAGCUUUCCCUGUAUAUAUGCGACUUCUAAUAAAAAGCAUAUUUCUUCCUGUU